AGCAAUAUUAAACGUCAAAAUAAAAAAGAUGUAUUUUAUAUCAUGUCAAAUAAAUGCAUAAUUUUUGUUUACAAAAAUAUUCGGCAAUGUUAAACCUUGCUGCACACCAUUUCGAAAACAGUUUACAUCAUUCAAGAAUUAGUAUACUUUUUAAAUUUAUAAAUUAAUGCAAGUAAAAAUUACAGUAUGACAUAUGUUUCCGAAAAUAUCAGAUUUACUUUGGACGAAUCCUACAUAAAACCUUUAAAAAGAAGAUCGGAGGGUAGGCUUAAAGCAAUUAGUUCCAAUGAAGAUUUAAGAAGCUGGAAUUAUACCGUCGAAGAUAGACGACGUCAUAUUUUGGAUGUGGUUAAAAAUGAUAUAGAAAAAUGUGGUCUACUCACAACAGCCGUACUACACGCACUUACCCUAAAAUCCAAAGCAAAACUUACAAAAAGCCUUAAACAACUAUGGGCUUUUAUUAUGUCACGAGAUUUGACAGAAAAAGAAAAAGAACACUUAAUGAAAUUGCAAAAACAAAUGGGAUAUGCAUGUUCACAAGCUAUUUCAAACAAUUGCCCUUGUGAAGGAAAUUAUGACGUCGUAUGUGCAUGUGAUGACGUGACUGGCGCUAAGCAACGAGAUCGUAUUCUAAAUGUAGCGCAUUCAUUUGAGAGCAAAAGUGUUCCUGUUAGCCUAAGUAGAGAAUUGGAAAAUCUUAAGUGUGAAUGUACCGCUUGUUCAGAACAAGCUAGAAGACAAUUUCUAGCCAAAACUACUAUUUGCGGUCAAAAAGGUCCCAGCGAUCCCAAGAAACGAAAGAUAAUGAAAGCAGCUGUUUCUUCUGACAAAGACCUUUUUGCAAAAACUAGGAGACAUUACGAUAGACCGGAUACUGCCUCAUCUGAUGUUCCAAGCAGUAAAAGGUCGUCUAGGCCAGAUACAGUCUCAGAUCGUCCUCGCAGCAGUAGAAUGAGGGAUACCUCAUCAGUUGACGAUACUGAUCCAAAAAUGAAAGAUCCUUUGAGUACCAGUAGUGGUUCAAAACCUUCAAGUUCUCCUAUGUAUACUGGUUACGAAGAUAGUCCUUACACCACUAAAAUCAAAGAUAAGUCUACAGCUGAUGAUACGGAUUCAAAAAUAAAAGAAUUUUCCAGUUUUACUACUGAUGACGAUUCGAAACCUGUAAGUCCUGGAACUCCUGUGUCUUCUGGUUACCAAGAUGACCCUUACGGAAGAAAAAUUAGAGAUACUAGCAUUCCCGUGUCUGCGGAUUACAAAGAUGACCCUUAUGGAAGAGAUAUCAGAGAUACUAGCAUUCGCGCGUCUUCCGGUUACAAAGAUGACCCGUAUGGAAGAGAUACAAGAGAUACUAGCAUUCGUGAGUCUUCCGGUUACAAAGAUGACCCUUAUGGAAGAGAUAUCAGAGAUACUAGCAUUCGCGAGUCUUCCGGUUACAAAGAUGACACCUAUGGAAGAGAUAUCCGAGAUACUAGCAUUCGCGCGUCUUCCGGUUACAAAGAUGACCCUUAUGGAAGAGAUAUCAGAGAUACUAGCAUUCGUGAGUCUUCCGGUUACAAAGAUGACCCUUAUGGAAGAGAUAUCAGAGAUACUAGCAUACCCGUGUCUUCUGAUUACAAAGAUGACCCUUACAGAAGUCAGAUCAAAGAUACCAGUACGCCCCUGCCUCCUGGUUACAAAGAUGUGUCAAGAGCUCUAUCAGAGAAAAGUGAAGGCCCGCAUAUUGAUACCGCCGAGCGAGCAGUAAGUUCAACUAUUUCAACUUGCAGUAUAGACUGCCAAUGCAGAACUGAUCUUAAAACGAUUGGUCUACGAACUGAACCAGGUCCUGAUCUCAUCAGCAGAGGAGAAGAUAGUGAAUCAUUUUUAUGCCCAUGUAGAGAUAAAGCUACGUGUACACCUAUAAGACCCACCCGUACUGUAAAACUAGGAGUACAUUCUACGCUAGAUGAAUCGUCAGAGCCCUACAAGAAUCUUAAGAGUAAAUAUGCUGAACUGGAAUGUGUAUGCAAAGAGCAGCAGGAAAAUAUACGGAAUAUAAUAAGAGAGCGGGAUAUGCUUCAGCAAAAGUACCAAAAAAGUCUUUCAAAACCAAUAGAUUCCAGCAAAGAUAUAGAAGAUCUGGAAAAACAACUUUCUGAAGCUACUCCUGAAAUUGAAGCUAGCAUGAUCAAAAACGAAUUAGAAAUUUUACGGCAAUACUGUUUAAAACUUAAAGCAGCAGAGGAAGAAAAUGAAAUACUUAAAAGAGAGAAAAUGGAAUCAAAACGUCAAGGAAAACCGAGACUUCGAGAUAGUAAGGCUUCUGGUGUUGGAGUAUCAGAGUUAGAUGACGUGAACAAAGAUGAGUGCGAAGCUUGCAAUAGUUUAAAAAUGAAAAUAAAAACGCUGGAAAGAAGAUUAGCCCAAUGUUCUAACACCAUUCCAGAAGAUUUCGAAAUUUUUAAAAAUCAAUCAUUAUUGGAUAACGCUUUAGCAGAAAGAGACGAAAUGCAAAAGAAAAUUGAAAGAAUACACGAAUUGGAAUCCCAACUCGAUGAAUAUAAGAAGAAGGCUGCAAGAACUGAAGAUUUAGAAAACCAGUUAAUACGAGUACAGAGAGAAAAGACUUCAAAUUAUGAUUUACGAAAAGUCCAAUCAAAAUGUGUAUGUGUCCAACGAGAGCUAGAAAAUGUCAAAGCUGAGAGAGAUGCAAUCCUAAAAAGAUUAGAUCUCAUGAAAGAGGAAAUGGAACGUUUACGAGCGAAGGCAAAGGAAGCCGAAGUACUUCUCAUAGAACGGGAUAAACUCCAAAUAAAAGUUAACGGCAUGUCGCAUGUUCAAAACCACAACGAAAAUUUAAGACUUAAAUGUAAAUGUCUCGAAAAUGCUGCCAACGAACGAGAUAUGUACAAACAAAAAUAUGAGGAGCAAUUAAAUGUGGAUAAUCAAGUAGAAGUGGAAGAUAGCACAAAAUUAAAACGGGAUAAAGAAUUGCUAAAAAAACAAGUUGGCGAUUUACAGUCUUGUAUAGUGGAACAAGAUAGUGAAAUUAAAAGAUUAAUGGAACAAAUUGAUUCGUUGAUUAAAAACAAAGAAGAAGUUCAGGCUAGAAUGAAAGAGACAUUGAUGAAUAUGCGUAAUGAAAUAGAAAAGAAAGAUAGGUUAAUAGCAGCUGCGGAUAAAAAAUUGGAAAUACUGCAAGCACAAUUGAAAAGUUCAAUACAGGGUGUUUCCGUUGAAACUACUGUAUAUAAAACCCGAAUACAAGAGUUGGAAAUGGAGCUAAAUGACGCUAAAAAUCAAAUACAGAAACUGGAUGCUUCAAUAGAUAGACGUGAUACUUCAAAACGUAGUAGAAGCUGUGAGUAUGAAGCUGUAUGUGCAAUGAAAAAAGAUCUCCAGGCUGCCAAUGCUGAAAACAAAAAGUUGCAAGAAAUUGCUAAAAAUAUGGCAAUAUUAACAGGUGAUGAACAUGUUCAAAAAAUGCUAAAACAAUCACAAUACGCCGUAAGAAAAGUUGUCGAAGAACUAUCUGAACAGUAUAAAGAGUGGGACAAUUUAAAAAAAGAACGUCGAAAACCUAGAUCUGGAGGUAAUCCCAACUCUGGUAAUAUAAAUCAAGAAGAAGAAUUGAACCAAUCUAGAGGUAUUCAAAAUUCCAAUAAUCAACAAGGAAAAGAAUAUAACAGGCAAGCACUUAACCGAUCUGGAGGUAUUCAAAGCACCAGAAACAAUCCACAGCAACAAGAACAUCACAGUCGAAGGCAAGAACCUAACCGAAAUGAAGGUAUUCAAAUUAUUGGCAACAAUCCACAAGAAAAAGAAUACAACAGGCUAAGGCAAGAACAUAACCGAUUUGAAGGUAUUCAAAGUUUUAGUAACAAUCCACAAGAUAAAGAACAUAACAGACCAAGGCAAGAAUAUAACCGAUCUGACGGUAUUCAAAGUAUUAGUAACAAUCCACAAGACAAAGAACAUAGGCUGAAGCAAGAACAUAACCGAUUUGAAGGUAUUCAAAGUUUAAGUAACAAUCCACAAGAAAAGGAACAUAACAGAUUAAGACAACAACUUAACAGAUCUGAAGGUAGUCAAAGUUCCAGUAACAAUCCACAACAAAUAGAAAACAGGUUAAGGCAAGAUAACGAUUCUCAAACAAAUAGAAAAUGUCAAGGAGCACUGGCUGCGCGAAUGAUGCAAUUUUGUAAAAAAAAUAGUACUGAAAAAUAGAACUUCAUGCUACCAUAUUAUAUAUAAAUUUGCAUUUGUUUUGUUGUGAGGUUAAUUUCAUGUACUUAAACAAUGUCUUUUAGUAACUGUUCAGUCAGAAUAAUAUGAUGACUAUAAGAAUAAAAUUUAAUGUGCUGUACUUCCAUUUUUAGCUAUUAUCAUUUUAUAUAUCUACAGG